AGUGGACUUCACAUAAACUAUUGAGGACAUGGCAGCCACUUCUCCCAUCAAGCUUCUCCCAUUCGCGUUCCUAGUGGUCCUCUAUCUUCUCAGCACCGGCAACAUUGCUCCCCAGAAGGUCAAUGCUCGUGCCACGGCGUGCAAUGGCUCGAUAGCUGAGUGCAGCGAAGAAGCAGAGUUCCAGAUGGACUCGGAGAUCAACCGGCGAAUCCUCGAGCAGAAGAAGUAUAUAUCUCCUGGUGCGCUCAAGAGAGACCAGCCGGUCUGCAAUGGGGGAGGGAGUGGCAAUGCCUACAGCAAGAGUGGAGACUGUCUACCUCCUCCGUCAAAUCCCGAAACCCGAGGUUGUUCCAAGUACUACCGGUGCAGGUCUGAUUCGUGAUAGUCUCUGAGUUUCUUGCUAAGUAGAUGAUGGAAACACAAACGCUCUUGAUUAGUUUCGGUAACAUACUUCAUGAACUGCUUCGAAAUGAUCUCCUCAUGCAAAGUUUGUUGGGUUGAUCUAUCAGUUUCCUAUUUGAUUC